AUGCAAUAUGAGUGCAGAUAUUGAAGAUAACGAUUUAUAUACCUUUGAGCUUACACGAAUCGUUACCAAAAUCGAGAAUGAAAUCACAGUCGAUGAUCCUACAGACGAAACGAAAACGUUACAAUUACCAUGGUAUUCGAAAGUUGAACCUUUAGCUACGCAUAUUCAGGAAGUUUCAAAGUCGAUUUACUUACCAAAAUCACAGGUUUCAAUUGAUGAAAUGAUUGCUAGAUUUAAAGGAAGAAGAUAUACUUACUGUUUUAUUUUCACCUCCCGUAUUGAACCUAAUUCCGAAAUAAAUCCAAUUCCAAAUAUUAAUAAGGUCGGCUGUCAGGUGUAUCAUCUAAUAUCUCAACUUCCGAAGAAUAAGGCGUUUGAUAUCUACAUGGAUAAUUUUUUUACAAGCAUAAAUCUGUUUAGUUAUAUGCGAAAAAAUGGGUACGGUGGUUGCGGGACAGUAAGAAGUAAUACCUUGAAAUUUCCUGCUUUUUUAAAAAUUAAAAAAUCGAAAAAGAUAGAAUGGGAUACUCUUUCCGGCGCUGUUGUAGAUGAUGUAUUAGUUGUGUUCUGGAUGGAUAACGGCCCAGUAAAUAUGUUAACAACAAUACAUGAAAUUACAGGUGAAGAAAGUCGAGUAGAAAGAGAAAGACGACGACCACGAACAACUAGUACUAAUGCUAACAAAGUACGUAGUGUGUUUGGUGAUGCAAGUAAAAAAAUUCUUCCCAUACCUGCUGUAAUUGAUGAUUAUAACCAUCAUAUGGAUGGUGUAGAUAUAGCCGACCAAUUAAGGGGCUAUUAUGGUACACAAGUACCU